AAUCACCCCCUUGCUAUAUUCCUUUUGAAAAGAGAUCUAUUAAUAAAAAAGAAAACAUAGUCUGAGUCUGCAGAUUUACACUGCAACUGCGAGAAUAGAGAUCGAAGAUGCAGUGGUACGUCGUCGCUUCGCUUCUCACCGUCCUCACCAGUUCCCAGGGAAUUUUGACUACCUUAUCACAAAGCGAUGGGAGUUAUAAAUAUGACUAUGCAACUGUCCCUUUUCUUGCCGAAAUUUUUAAGCUUCUUGUGUCAAGUAUUCUUUUACGCAGAGAGUGUCUGCGGUCGCCUCCCCCAUUAAUGACAACAGACUGGAAGAGCAUUCGAUUAUACCCUAUACCUUCUAUUAUAUACCUUAUUCACAACAAUGUUCAGUUUGCUACCUUGACAUAUGUUGAUACAUCCACUUACCAGAUCAUGGGCAACCUGAAAAUUGUUACGACGGCAGUAUUAUUUAGGCUGUUUCUGAGGAGGAAGCUAUCUAAUUUGCAGUGGAUGGCAAUUUUCCUGUUGGCUAUUGGAACAACUACUAGCCAGGUCAAAGGAUGUGGAGAGACUUCAUGUGAUUCACUCUUUUCAUCCCCUAUCCCGGGUUACAUGCUAGGAGUGUUGUCCGCUUGUCUUUCUGCAUUGGCUGGCAUUUAUACAGAAUUCUUGUUGAAAAAAAAUAAUGAUACCUUAUACUGGCAGAAUGUUCAGUUAUACACAUUUGGGGCAAUUUUCAACAUGGCACGACUUAUCUUAGAUGAUUUUAGAGGAGGAUUUGAGGAAGGACCAUGGUGGCAACGCCUUUUCAAUGGAUACAAUGUCAUUACAUGGAUGGUGGUGUUGAAUCUUGGUUCUACUGGUCUGUUAGUUUCAUGGUUAAUGAAAUAUGCUGACAAUAUUGUUAAGGUGUAUUCAACAUCCAUGGCCAUGCUGCUGACAAUGAUUCUCUCGAUAAUCCUCUUCAGUUUUAAACCCACUUUACAGCUCUUUUUAGGUAUAAUCGUCUGUAUCAUGUCUCUGCACAUGUACUUUGCACCUGCACACAUGCUUGUCGAUUUGCCCGUGCCAGCAAAAACAGCUCCAGAAACUUUAGUCGAGGUUUCUGUUGAUCGAAAAACAGAUUCCUGAUGUAUAAUUUCCAUUGAACAAUUCUUACUUUUUGGGAACAGUUAGAACAAGAAAAGGGAACUAGACAUGAGUAGAGAUGGAAUGAAUUCCAUGGCUCUUUCUUCAGUUAGCGUUGGCCGUGGCAAUUUUAUGGCGAAUGAUGAGCAAGCAAAGAACUGUUGCAGACACUUUCAGAUGCCAGUUCACUACCCAAGGUACAGCCGACCUGAGUACGAGAGUAUGCCUGAGUGGAAAGUUAAUUGUCUGCUGGCUCAGUAUGGUUUGCCAGUCUCUGGUGAUGUUAAUCAGAAGAGGAAGUUUGCCAUAGGAGCUUUUCUUUGGUCUUGUUAAUCACUUCUCCUAGCAUCUCUUGUAAACAAGAAUUUGGUUUAUUCUGCAAGUGGCAGUGGCUAGAUGGUGUAUGUCCAUGCAUAUAUUAGCAAUUUAGCAUGCCAUGUAUCAUGUGUGAAACUAAUGUUGGUUGUUGCCAGUUUUCAAGUUUGUAACCUAUUUCCUCUAAGCUUUGUAGCUUUGUAUUAAUCUGAAUAAAUAUAAUCUUUUAGCUCUAUAGAAAA